AUGUCCUCCAACAAACGCUUGCAGAAGGAGCUACAAGAGAAUGCCGCGAACCCUCUACCAGGAUGCACCAUCGAGCCGAACGAGAGCGACAUGAACAUCUGGAACGUCUACAUGGAGGGUCCCGCCGAUUCUGUCUAUGUUGGUGGCCGCUUCCACAUUCAAGUCACACUACCUAAAGAGUACCCCUUCAAACCACCGGUCGUCGCCUUCCGCACCAAGAUCUACCACCCCAACGUUAGCAACGAUGACAAGGGCGCGAUGUGUCUAGGCAUGCUGAAGGCAGAAGAGUGGAAGCCACCGAACAAGAUCGCCGACGUUCUGAAGUUGGUCAAGGCCGUUCUCUCAGCGCCGCAGCCGGACGACGCCAUCGAGACCACCAUCGCAGAGCAGUACAAGAACGACUUCAAGGGCUUUGAGAAGGAGGCAAAGAUGUGGACAAGCAAGUACGCGAAUUAA